AUGACAGAAAUUGACUCUCAUAAUCCAAAAACAAAAAAAAAACAUGGUAGAUUUUUUCAAAAAGUUUUAGAUAAAACUAGACAUAGAAAUGAAGAAAAAGGUAUGGAGAUAUCAGGUCCAACUGAUUUUAAACAUGAAUCUCAUAUAGGUUGGGAUAAAGAAAAUGGUUUUGAAAUUAAAAAUAUUCCACCAGAGUGGAGACAAUUAUUUCAAGCAGCAGGUAUAAAGAAAAAAGAUUUAAAGAAUCCAGAAACUGUUCAAUUCAUUUAUAGUAUAAUAGGUGAGAAUAUUAAUAAUCAAAAAGCAGGUAUGGCAGGUGGUACAACUACAGCACCAUAUCAGCAAACCAAUAUUCCUCAGCAACAACAACAACAGCAACAACAACAACCAAUUAGAUCCAGAGCACCACCUCCACCCCCACCCACAUCAACUACUCAAAAAAUGGGUGCUCAAAGAGUACCUCCACCAAAACCUGGUUCUGAAAUUAGACCUUUACCAAAACACCAACAAAUUAAUAAACCAUUACCACAACAACCAUAUAAACAAAUGGCUCAACAACAACCACCACAACAACAACAACAACAACAAGCAUAUACUACUAGAGGUAAAUUACCAACUACAAUCGGUGGUAAACCAAUUCCAAUUCAUCAAAAUUUCAUGAAACCAGAUGAUGAGCCACUACAGCCAACACAACCACAACAACCACAACAGCAACAAAUAUAUAAUAGUAACGAACCAUUGAUCCAACAAGAAUUUAAAUCACAAUAUAAAUUGGAUGAACCAUUACAACCAACACAAAAACGUCCAUCACCACAACAAAUGGAGCAAGUAAUGCAAUCAACUUCGAAUGGUGUACAACAAUACGUUUACCAACAACAAAAUCAAAAACCUCAAGAAUACACUUUCCAAGGUGAAACACCACAGCAAUAUGUAUAUCAAUCAUCUCAACAGCCACAAAAUUUAGAAGGUUAUAAUCAAUUUUAUCAACAAAAACCACUACAACCACAACAACCACAACAAGUAACUCCACAAAGAAAACAACCAACCCCUCCACCAAGACAAAGAAGAGAUUUAUCACAACAACCUUCACAAACAAAAUUACAAUCUCCACCACCACCGUUACCAACUUCCAAAAGACCAGGAUUACCACCAACACCACCAACUCAACAAAGAAUACCAGUCGUUCAACCACCAAUUAUUCAAAGAACUACUCAACAACCACAAGUUAUUAUUGAUAAAGUUGGGGGUGAUGUAAUGCCUCCACCACCACCACCAAUGCCUGAUCAAUUAGCUCAUAUUCCAGUUGCCCCAGUUGAUCCAAAAUCACCAUUACCACCAGCACCAUCAAUUCAAUCACCAAUUGAAAAACCAACACCAAUUUCAUUAAAUAAUUCAUCGAUGGUACCACCUCCACCACCACCACCAAGUGCACCAAUUUCAUUAAAUAAUUCAUCGAUGGUACCACCUCCACCACCAGCAAUAUCAAAACCAACCUCUGCACCACCCACAUCAAUGCCACCAUUGGAUAGUGGUCGUUCAAAUCUCAUGGAUAGUAUUAGAGGAUUUGGAGGUGCAAGUCAUUUAAAAAAAGUAGAUCCAAGUGAACCAUUACCAGAUUUAAAAGAAUUACAAUUAGGUGAGUCUGGUAAUCGUUCAUUAGUAGAUACAUUAGCAGCAGCAAUGGCUAAACGAAGAGGAAAUUUAGGUGAAAAUGAAGAAGAUGAUGAAGACGAUAGUGAUUGGGAAAAUUAA